AUGAACGAAGUGGGCUACGCGUCCCAUCCGCCACCCGAGCCCGACUUUUGGAUUUACUUCGCCAGCUACCUGCGAAACGCCUGGGUGCAGUGGGCUAUCGUCUUCGUCCCGUUCAUUAUGUUCGCCCUUUACCUGAAGCUGACCAUGCCAACUGCCCCAACCGGUGAAAAGGAACACCGCGAGGAAGAAGCCCAUUUUGGCGAACCCAGAGGAAACAUAAACAGGAAGAAUCUAUAG